CCCCCCCUCCGCCCGAAAUGCCCCGGAAGUGCCUCUGCCCUCAGUAAAGAUGGAAGUAGCCUUUGCCACAGGGAGGCGGGGCUGCGCGUGCGCAACAAGUUCGGCGGGGGGAAAGAUGGCGGAUGACAAGGAUUCUCUGCCCAAGCUUAAGGACCUGACAUUUCUCAAGAAGCAGCUGGAGCGCCUACAGAAGCGUGUGGAGGAUGAAGUCAACAGUGGUGUAGGCCAGGAUGGCUCGCUCUUGUCCUCCCCAUUCCUCAAGGGAUUCCUGGCAGGCUAUGUGGUGGCCAGAUUGAGGGCGUCAGCAGUAUUGGGCUUUGCGGUGGGCACUUGCACUGGCAUCUAUGUGGCCCAGUCAUACGCUGUACCCAACGUGGAGAAGACGCUGAAGAACUACAUUAGGUCACUGCGAAAGGGGCCUGACUAGACCCUCCGGGGAAGGCAGGAUGAGCACGUGGGGCCUGCAGAGCGUGGGCAGUGGUUUGUCAGCCUGCAGCCUGCACGCCUUCCAUCCCUAGUUCCGUGGGACUAACCCCCAAACUGUGGGACAUGAGCCCUCUCUUCAAGCCCUGACUGU